AUGGUGUGGAUUCCCACGCCCGCCCAUUUUUGCAGAGCAAAGCCGGACAUUGUUGUACACUCGGACAGAAUCAUGGCGCUGUCGACCAAGGAGAAGGACAUACAGAUGCUGCUGGCGGCCGAAGCUCACCUCGGCACCAAAAACUGCAACUUUCAGAUGGAGCGCUAUGUCUUUAAGCGCCGAAAUGACGGUUUGUGCCUGUUUGUUCGUGCGUGUGAAUUCGUAUUAUUUAAUGUUGAUGCAAAUUGGGAAUAUACAUUAUCAACCUCGGGAAAACUUGGGAGAAGCUCCAGUUGGCUGCCAGGGUUAUUGUUGCAAUUGAGAACCCUCAGGACAUCAUUGUCCAGUCUGCCAGGCCCUAUGGUCAGAGGGCCGUGCUCAAGUUUGCCCAAUACACUGGGGCCCAUGCAAUUGCUGGACGCCAUACUCCUGGUACAUUUACAAAUCAGCUCCAAACUUCCUUUAGUGAGCCAAGGCUUCUCAUCCUCACUGAUCCAAGGACUGAUCAUCAGGCGAGAGAUAUUUCUAGACCUUCCAAUUAAGGAAGCUUCUCUAUCUAACAUCCCCACCAUUGCUUUCUGUGACACUGAUUCCCCAAUGAGGUAUGUUGAUAUCGGUAUUCCAGCCAAUAACAAGGGAAAACACAGCAUUGGCUGCCUCUUUUGGCUUUUGGGAAGGAUGGUGCUCCAGAUGCGCGGUCUUGUUGCUCCCGGUCACAAAUGGGAUAUCAUGGUGGAUCUAUUUUUCUACCGGGAGCCUGAGGAGUCUAAGGAAGAAGAAGAGGAGGUUCCGGCUAUUGCAGAUUAUGCUGAUUAUUCUGGUGCUGCUGCUGGAGUAGCUGGUGCCGAGUGGUCUAGUGGCCAAAUUCCCGAUGGUCAAUGGUCUGUUGGUGAUUCUCCUGCUCCAGCUGGAAAUGGUUGGACUGCUGCAGAGUCAACUGCUGUUGCUGCUGGAGGAGGAUGGGACUCGGCUGUGCCCCCACCAACUGCCGUUGAAGGAGUAUCUACUGUUGCUGGCUGGGAAUAAAUAUGCUGUUUUGCAGUCAUAAUUUUCGAUUUAUUUUUCUGUCGUGAAGAAAUGGAACUCUGAUACCUAAUCUUGUCCUUUUCAUUGAUGGAAUUUUUGUAGCAAUGUUUCAAAGAGCUUGUUUGAUGUUUACCAUUUUGGUUAUUUUUGUAGCUGAAGAAGAUGCAUCGCUUUGAGAUUAUCGCAUUGGUUCCAUUUUAGAUAUGUGGAUUUCGCUUAUGAAUAUACAUCUGCCAAUGAGUUACAAAUAUUGUUAUCCUGUUGUGGUGGUGAAAUUACAGUUACGGGCAUCCUAAGUUCAAAUAUAUAUUUUUGAAUGCUACAACCCAAAGUAUCUUCCUCUUUCUUUAUAAGGUGAUGUUGGAAGUAUUAUGCAUCAUGUACUUGUUGCUGAUAUUGUAAUCUUUUGUAAUUUCUUUUAGGCUCCA